CGGGUCUUUGUCGCUUUUCGGGGACCGAUGAGCAUUAAAAUGACCGGGCGUGAUGCCUGGAGUCCGGCAGCUUUUCUCCUCCCGGAGCUGCUGCCAGAUGUGUGGCGGAGCUCAUGGCGGCGGCACGUAGCUGGAAGAUGUUUCUGUGUGACGAACGAAGGAGUCAAAUCCUGUCGCUAACAUGAACACAAAAGCUAUAAAUGUCUGGGCACAGUGACAGUUCAUCUGUUAAAAUAACUGGAGAUGAAUGCAAAAACAAAAAGCUGGAGUAUUGGUAUUUUUAUCAGCGUAAUUGCAAGCCCGUCUCUUUAUUAUUAAAUUCAAUAGAACUUCAGAUUCUUGUAUUACUUUUCUUCAGGUUAACUUAGAAAGUGAGCUGCUAUUGUUACAGGCUGAUUUUCCAAAAUACAGAAAAUUCAUUGUUAGGGAAGCUCAAAUGUGAAAAAUUGGACUAAUGUUGAUAUGCGAUAUUAACUCUGCUGAUAUGUUAGAUUUACCAAUGUUUUAUCUUAUUUUAUCCGAUUGCUUGAUUAAUCAUAAGAAUAAUCGAUAGAUUAUUCGAUAACCAAAAUAUUUGUUUACAACAGCCCUGGUGCGAGCCACGGCUGUAAAACAGAGCUUUACAAAAUGCUUUACAAAAUGCUCACAGAGUUGACAUUCUUCAGCAUCUUGUAUUAGCAUUGCAGCUUGCACCAACACAACAGUAGUCUCUGUUUGUGUAUGUGUGUCUGAGAAAAUGUAGGUCUGUGAGAUUUCCAGAAGGCUGCUGGCAUUUUAAAACUCUGCAUGCUCCACGACAAACACAGAUUGAAGCUCAAAAAGAAUAAAACAGCACAACACUGGUCACAUCGCUCCCAGAACCGACGGCGACAGAACGAGCUCGUCGUCCAAAACCACGUCUGAUUUCGAGAUGACAGCUGAAACAAAUUAAUGAGUCUUUAUUUGAUUUGUGCUUCUUUUUCUACUUAUCAAGAUUGAAUCUCAUACUCCGGGCUGGCUCGUCUAGAUUAACAAGUCACUUCUUGUGUUUGUGGUGUCUUCUGUUUCCUUUAAUUAAAUCUAUAAUUUAAAUUUUCGAGGCGGAGGGGAACGUCUGACUCACUACCUGAUCGGGCCACAGAGUUUGCAUGUGAGAAACCAGUGCAACAGCCUGCCGUGACAAUUUCACAACCCUCACAUCAGCUGCCAAAGGCAUGAUUUUACACAACAGAGGCAGGCGCUCGCACCUGAAAAGCCCAACCUUUUUUGUGACGUUGUGGAUCCUCGAUGAUUCAUUUCAUUUCAUUAUUUUGUUCUUCUUUUUCAGUGCCGUUUCAGAUGUCAAAAGAGACAAUCAAAAGCAAAGCCUCCCCUUCCUGAGAGCUCCAUGGAGAAGAUGAAGCGGUUCAAGCGACGCCUCAGUCAGACGCUGCGAGGCAGCCACACCAUCGACGAGUCUCUGUCCGAGCUGGCUGAGCAGAUCACGAUAGACGAGAAGGACAGCGAGCCCAUAGUGAGGAACGGCCGUCCAUCUGCGGCCCACAGCGUCCACUCGUACCUGCACCAGUACACAGGCUCCUUUAAGAAGCCGCCAAUGAGACGGCCGCAGAGCAUCAUCGGAGGAGGGCUGGGUUUGGUCAUGCCCCGCAACGGCAGCCGCCUCGAUAUUGUCCAUGAGAACAUAAACAUGGGGUCAGACGGGGAGAGCGAUCAGGCGUCGGGGACGUCCUCCGACGAGGUGCAGUCGCCCACAGGAGUCUGUCUGAGGAACAAAGGGAACAGACGCAUCUCUGCUGAGGACUUGAACAAACGUCUGUCCCUGCCUGCCGACAUCCGGAUCCCCGACGGCUACCUGCAGAAGCUGCAGUUGAGCAGCCCGGCUUUCGAUCAGCCGCUGAGCCGACGCUCCCGCAGAGCAUCGCUGUCAGAAAUCGGCUUCGGGAAGCUGGAGACGUACAUCAAACUGGACAAACUGGGGGAGGGAACGUACGCAACGGUUUUCAAGGGGAGGAGCAAGCUGACGGACAACCUGGUGGCGCUGAAGGAGAUCAGACUGGAGCACGAAGAGGGGGCCCCGUGUACGGCUAUCAGAGAAGUGUCUCUACUGAAGGACCUGAAACACGCCAACAUCGUCACUUUGCACGACAUCGUCCACACGGACAAGUCGCUCACCCUGGUCUUCGAAUACCUGGACAAAGACCUGAAGCAGUACAUGGACGACUGCGGGAACAUCCUGAGCAUGCAGAACGUUAAGAUAUUCCUGUACCAGAUCCUGAGAGGGUUGGCGUACUGUCACAGACGGAAGGUUCUCCACAGAGACCUGAAGCCCCAGAACCUGCUCAUCAACGACAGAGGAGAGCUCAAACUGGCCGACUUCGGCCUGGCCAGGGCCAAGUCCGUGCCCACUAAGACGUACUCCAACGAGGUGGUGACGCUUUGGUACCGGCCUCCGGACGUUCUGCUGGGCUCCUCUGAAUACUCCACGCAGAUAGACAUGUGGGGAGUGGGCUGCAUAUUCUACGAGAUGGCUGCCGGCAGGCCCCUGUUCCCCGGUUCCACAGUGGAGGACGAGCUGCAUCUCAUCUUCAGACUGCUAGGCUCUCCUACAGAAGACAGCUGGCCUGGAAUAUCCUCCAUCGAUGAGUUCAGGUCCUACAAGUUCUCCAAGUACAAGCCACAGCCGCUGAUCAAUCAUGCUCCCAGGCUGGAUAACGAUGGAAUCGACUUGCUGUCUUCAUUCCUAAAAUACGAAUCCAAAAAGAGGAUCUCUGCCGAUGAAGCAAUGAGGCAGCCGUACUUCAGGACCCUGGGGCCGCGCGUGCACACGCUGCCAGAGAACAUGUCCAUAUUCACGCUGAAGGAGGUGCAGCUGCAGCGAGACCCCGGCUACCGGAGCUCCUCGCAUGCAGAAUCAGGCAAUGGGAAGAACAGAAGACAAAGCAUGCUGUUUUAAAAACUCCGGACCGGACUGUUUUACCUUUGUUUUGUUUUUCGAUGAGAAGGACCUCCUUGCAGACAGAUCAGCUCAAAGCGGAUGAAUGUGUUUAAAUCAUCUUCAUGGCUCCUCUUCCUCCCUCCCCUCAAAAUACUUUGAAAGGCUGUCUGUCCACAGUACGACUCCUCCCCUGUCCCUCCGUCCUCCUCCCAGGUUCAGCCGAGCCCAGCUCCAAUAAGAGACGUUUAUUUACUGUACAUUUAUAUUUAUUGAAUUUGCUGCUAAGUCAAACUACUGUUUAGAAUUUAACUGGCUCAGUCACUUUAAUGAAUACAUGCCAUUUGUAUAGAUUUUUAACUUUUUUUUUCCUUUUUUGAGCUUUGACGUGAUACAUUUUUGAGUUUUAUUUUUUUUAAAGUUUUUUUUUCCCCACUGUUAACAUGUUCACUCCACCUUGAAAGCUCCUUGUGCUGUUCGCAGACGUAGCAAUGUUUCUGUGGCAACUCGGAGGAAGGUCGAGCGUUUGUGUCUGUCGUAAGCGGUGCUGCGUGAAUCAUCUGUGACCUCUGAAGGCUUUCAAAGCCAGGUGUCACACGGCAGGUGAUGGCUUUCCAAUCGACCGGAAGAUGACGCCCGAGCUGCGGAGCGCGGGCUGCGUCCUCCGACGCUCUCAGUCACGACCAAUGAGACAAAAGUUGGGAUAAAGAACAUGCUAACGGGGGCGACACUGGAAGACAUCCUCGUUGAAACGCCUCAAUGUUCUACUUUGUUCUGGGGGACGUCAUUUCUUGUUUUUCUUUCUCGGCUCCGUCUACAUGUUGCAUGCCACCGCUAGUGAACUCCUGAAGCAGGAAGAUGCUCUCUAGUUCUGCCUCCCUCAGUCUCAUCGUUCGUCUGCCAGUGUUACAACAGAUGUUUUGUAUAAUAUUCUUUAACUUUAUUUGUGAAUAAUGAUUAACAGUGUGGGAUUUUGUUGGAGAUGAUUCCCAUUUUUUGAGGUUUUUUUUCCAGAGUAAAACAAAUUAAAUUUAAAAGUUUAAACAAAUGUUUUGCUUU